ACAUACAAGUGUCUUUUGCCGGGUGUGAUAAGCUAAUGGGAAUUGCGUUGAGUGUUGGUUUUGUACCCAAUGGAUCACGUCAAUAUUAUAGUGAUUGGCAACUUUCAUGUUCUUUUCAUGUCAAUGGAUUUAAAAUUGCAUAUUUCGUACAAUCUUAUUAUCUUACGACAAAAUAUGGUAAAGUUGAAUCACCUCACCUUUGGUUCCUCUAUUUGUCCACUCACCAUUCCGUCUCCAAUUGGGGCAAAAUAUGUAGUCACAUUGAUGCCAACGGAUUCAGUCAGCUCGAGAUUAAAAUAUUAGUCGACAACGUGGAGGUGGAGAAAAUUGGGGUUCAUUUGGUAUACAAGCAAGACAUUGAAGAUUCCAAUGAAACCAUGGUACAGUGCAUCAACAACAGCAGCACAUUGUAUGGGGAUUUGGGUGUAAUCCAUCAUGAUAUUGAUAAUUCAGACAUAGAAAGUAGUAGAAAUAAGCAAAGCCAUGAUGUGGAUGAUGGAGCUGGAUCUAGUGGAGAAGGCUACUCUGAUAAGGAACCACAGCCAAAGUGGAUUCAUAGAGUCCGAGAAUUUAUGACUGAUUCUGAGGAUUUGAGUCAAAGGGAAAUUUUUGACUUCUUUGCUAUAGAGGAUGAAAUGUCCAAGAAGCUUGAAUCCAUUCACGGAGGGAAGAGCAAUAGUUAUCAUGACAUUGAAGAUUUCAAUCAAACUAUAACACAGUUAAGCAUCAACAGCAGGACACUCUCUGAGGAUCUAGGUGAUCACUGUCAUGAUCUUUAUAAUUUAGCUGCAGAAGGUAGCAGAAAUAAGCGAAGCCGUGAUGAGGAAGAUGGGGCAGGACCUAGUGGAGAAGCCUACUCUAACGACGAACCACAUCCAAAGACUUGGAGGAUGUAUGGCGUACUCUAAACAAUGCAGUAUUAGGAAUGUUUCAACUUCUUUGCCUGAGGGGAUCCAAGAAACUUGAAACCUAUCACAGUGGUAAGAGGGAAGGUUACAAGAGAAACGUUGAAGAAUUAGUCAAGGAGGGUCCCUCCUCUCAAACUUACCUUGGCACUCACUAAACUGGUCAACAAUCAACUGAGGGUUCCUUUUUGUUGCAUGUGCCAGUGUGUGUAUAUAUGUGUGGCUUUGUUUAAUUGGUUUUAUAGAGUUUAAGCUGUGGCAUCAGUGUAGAGAAAUUAAAGAUUCUCUCGUCCCAUGCUUUUGUGUUAUUUUGUAAUCUCCUAUUUUCUUAGUGAAAUUUUCUGUUAGACACCUUUCGUGGAUGUAGGCCUAAAGCCGAACCACGCAAACCUUUGUGUUCUAUGUGUGAUUGUCUUUUCUA